AGAUACAGCAGGGAAAAAAUGUGUUCCUUUGUUAUCAAGCAACAAACUGCGAGGCCGCUGAGGAAAUGGCAGUUUCCGACUGUGUCUCUUUGAAGGCUACGGGUCCAUUAUUGCUUCAUCCAUUCCAAAGCGGAUAAAUGUUUUCACUACCGAUGUGUAUUGAGCAUGCAGAUUCCAUUAAAAACCCUUUAAAGAGACAUGCGGCCGCUCCACCGUCCCAGGUGUGAUGCCUUAACACCUCCACAGGCCUGCAGACGUCUGAAGUUGCUGCACGGCCGCUGCAGUGCCAGCCGACGCUGAUGGUUGCCCCAUUCACACAUACAGGCAGCAUCACCUUUGAUCAUGGGGGGAUUUAAACCCAGCGAGCGCGCAAGUCUCAAACUCAGUCUCAAACUGGAAAUAAGACGUUGAGGAACAUGUCUUCAGUUCAUGGGAAUAUGCGCGUCGGGGAUCUGAAUCAUUUCCACAUGUAUCAAGAAGGACCUCUGCAGAUGAACAGCAUGGUGAACUCAGAUUAUGGAGCGGCAGAUGUUACAAACUACUUCAACUCCGCAAACUCUGUACCGCGGGCGGAUAAAUGCGUGGCAAUACUGACCCACAGGAGGAAGAGGACCAACUUCACCCAGCAGCAGAUUGAGGUGCUGGAGAAAGUUUACUCAGACACUAAAUAUCCUGACAUCUACCUACGGGAGAGACUGGAGGCUCUGACCGGGCUACCGGAGUCCAGAAUUCAGGUGUGGUUUCAGAACAGAAGGGCCAAGUCUCGUCGCCAAGUUGGCUCAUCAGUGUCCAUGAAGGUCGCCAACCCGCCAGCAGCUGGCCCCUUCAGCCAGCUCCAGAGCAGGAUGGGCCCAGAGAAAGUUUAUGACAACAAUCAUGGAGCUGAGGUACACAGGAUAGGGGGGUUUGGACUGGAAGCCAGUUUCAGACCUACAAUGCACCAAAACACAGAAGAUACUCACAGAACCAGUAUACCCACCACACCCAGCAGCUAUGAACACACGUCCCUCUCCUGCAUCUAUAACAAGGAGGGAACCAGAGUGAAGCCUGAGCAGAUGGCACGACACAAGCUGAGUGUUAACGUCCCAUGCUGUAACGUCCAUCUGUAUCCCAAGGAGAACGAGCAUCAUCCCAAGAUCGAAGCAAAUGUGACUGGCAACCAGGGUCAAAAGGUUCUGGUGGAAUAUGACAACUUCCCACCUAACAAGACCAUUGGGCCAGAGAUGAAAGUUGUGAUUCCUCCCAUCCCGACCCAGAAUAACUUCAGCAGGUCAUCACCAAAGGAUAAUGGAUGCCAAAUCCAGUAUCCACACAUGAGGGCCACAGGGGACAGGUUCAGUCACUUCUCCCCAAUCCAAGCCACUGAGGCACAGGACUUCACUGACUCAGACUCUGACUGGGAAAACGAGGCCAUGGCAGGCUUUGGAGGCUUUAUGUGAUACAUUACAGGAUAUGAUAUAAAGAAAGCUACAUGUAUCAUAAGAAGCAGUAUACAAUUGUUUGUUUGCAUAAAAGGAAAAUUCGUAUUUAUUGUAAAAAAGUAAUAAAACUGUUAAUUGUAUAAAAAACGGGGGGAAAGGAAAACAAAAUGGUUUCAUCUGUUAAUAAAUACUAAAAACUAGAAGACCAAAUGCUGUGUUGCAAUAUUAUGUUUAAUAUAAAAAGACAGAAACAUUUAUAUACAAUUGCCCUGAGGCACUCUCAUAUACAACUUUACAAAACUGAAAAAAGGAGAUUCUCUAGGAAAAAACUGCUGACUUGAAUUUUUCGAGGUUACAUCUGUGAUGCAGGCUUAGUGUGGGAGUUGCAGCAACAGCCAUGCCAAAUAUGGAAAUGCUAAGAUCAUCUUAGGGAGUAAAAGACAUCAAAACCCCAGAGUUCUCCUUUAUAAAAAUACCAAAAUCUCUUUUCAGUGCACACAAAAUUACAAAAGCCAUUUCUAAAUACACAGCAGAAAUGUUGACAAUAGUCCUAAUAAUCAGAGAUAUUGUACAAUUAUCUACAAUAAACAAUUUUAUAAAACAUUCUUUAGCCUCCCCGUGCUUACCAUCAGUGGAGCAACAGAACACAACACUUACAGGGGGAAACUUUAGAAAUAGCAAAAUAUUGUUUCAUAACCAUACACACCUACUCAAAAAUAAAUAAAUAUGGACUAUAAAAACUGUAAGAAUCAAUGUUUGGCACAUGAAACCAAUAAAUAACCAUUUGUUGAGUUUAGAGAUGUGGAUUGGUGGCAAUAGUUUAAGACUCUUUCAGGUUUGUGUUCAAUUGGGUGCACCAACAUUUUCAUACAAUAAAAUGGGUGGGUAAAAUACUUAGGACAUCCUCCCUCCGGUCAGCACAAAGCUCCAGGAGUCUGGGCAGAACUCUGAGUCGUUUCACAUGGACAUCCAAAUUCAGAUUGGGUGGUGGUGGUCCACAACAUCCACGUGGGAUUUAUUUGCAGUCUUUUAACAGUUCAGGUGAAAGCA